AUGUGCUAUCUAUUCAGAUUUGGGCACAAUUUUUCCCUGAUUGCAACGUUUGAUGAAAUCGUUUGGGACAAAUAUGAUGGGUUGGUGAUCCCGGGAGGACGAGAACCAGAAUAUCUUGCUAAAGUUUGGAGGGAUAUCCUUGUUUCUAUUAAUUGUGUUCAGAAGAAUACUGAAGGCAUGGAAGCAACUGUUCCAUUUCAAUCCUUUCAAGCUCUUGGUUGUCAUGUUGAUGCAGUUUGUCCCAAGAAAAAGGCGGGUGAUAGACAUCCAACUGCUGUCCAUGAUUUUGAAGGUGAUCAAACUUACAGUAAGAAGCUCGGACAUAAUUUUACAUUAACGGCUGAUUUUGAAAGCUUGAAUCCAUCAAGUUACGACACCCUUAUAAUCCAUGGUGGUUGAGCACCUGAAUG